GUUUGGACCGUUGACCCCACAAUUUCUUCCCCUUACCCGAAAUUGCUAUUCAUCAUUUCCAGUUCCCUCCCUCCUACCAACUUCCCCGCACCAAACCAAAUUUUCUUCAUUGGCUGGCUGAAGUCCAUAGCAGCCACCAAACUCCAUUUUUGAUUAUUUAUUCAUUUCCUAACAUUUGGCCAAAGAGAAAGGCACGGCAGUCUGUUUGUCGAACGACGUCGGAGAAAUAAUGGCGGCGACGUCGGCGGCUUCCUCACUCUCUACCAAACAAUUUCUCGGAGCCUCCUCCGCUACUUCCGAUCUCGGAUCCUUUCAUUCCACUUCCUCAGCUUCAUCUUCUAGGCUUCUUUCUCUGCGGUUGCCUGAGCGCCGUCAUCCUCCCCAUCCUAAACGCCUUGAGAUAAAGGCUGCUGGUAGCACCUUCGGCAAUUUCUUCCGUGUUACAACCUUCGGAGAAUCUCAUGGCGGUGGAGUUGGUUGUAUCGUUGAUGGAUGUCCUCCUAGGAUUCCAAUAUCAGAAGCUGAUCUUCAACGUGAUCUUGAUAGAAGGAGACCAGGUCAGAGCCGAAUCACCACCCCUAGAAAGGAGACUGAUGAAUGCUCAAUCAAGUCUGGCAUUGCUGAAGGAGUCACUACUGGAACUCCAAUAAUGAUAAUAGUGCCAAAUACAGAUCAGAGAGGGCAUGACUACAGUGAAAUGUCGAAAGCCUAUAGGCCUUCUCAUGCUGACUAUGUGUAUGAUGAGAAGUAUGGUGUGCGAUCAAUAGCGGGGGGUGGUAGAUCUUCUGCAAGAGAAACUAUUGGGAGGGUUGCUGCUGGAGCUAUUGCCAAGAAAGUACUCAAGCUGGUAGCCAAUACUGAGAUUCUUGCUUAUGUUUCUCAAGUUCACAAAGUUAUUCUUCCUGAUGGUUUAGUGGAUCAUGAAACUCUGACCCUUGAUGAGAUAGAAAGUAAUAUUGUACGGUGCCCUAAUCCAGAGUACGCAGAAAAAAUGAUUCGUGCUAUUGAUGCUGUCCGAACCAGAGGAGAUUCUAUCGGUGGUGUGGUAACCUGUAUUGCUCGUAAUGUCCCGCGAGGUCUUGGUUCACCUGUGUUUGAUAAACUUGAGGCAGAGCUGGCUAAAGCAUGUUUAUCUUUACCAGCAACUAAAGGGUUCGAAUUUGGCAGUGGAUUUGCAGGUACAUUCUUGACUGGCAGUGAGCAUAAUGAUGAAUUCCACAUUGACGAGCAUGGCCUUGUCAGGACCAGGACCAAUCGAUCUGGUGGAAUUCAGGGUGGAAUAUCAAAUGGUGAAAUAAUAAACAUGAGAGUAGCCUUCAAACCAACUGCUACAAUAUCUAGAAAACAAAAUACGGUGACCAGAGACAAAAACGAGACAGAACUCAUAGCUCGUGGACGCCAUGAUCCUUGUGUUGUCCCGCGAGGUUUGUUUCCAAUUAAUCGUUGCCUGUGUUGUGUGUUCCUCAAUUAAUGAUAAAACCCUUCAUCCUUAUUUUUAACUGUCCUUUUGGUUCAUUUCUCUUUUGGAAUACUCCCUCUGUAGUCUGAAUGAUUGUCGAGUUGGAUUUUCAAUUUUAGCCAAAUUAUACUAAAUAUGAGAAUCCAAAGACGGAGUAGUUGAUAGUCUGCAAACAAUAAAAAGUUUGUAUAUCCUGCAACUAAAGUAGUUCAAGAAAAUGCCUGAAAAGAUAUAAUGCUCUUAGAAUUCGUUGUAAUCAUUCAUACAAAAUAUUGUGUUUCAUAAUUUGAGUUUUCUUGGUCAGCAAUAGGUGUGUAACAUCUGAACACAAAAUGAAUGUCUUGCUGUGAUUUUUUAGUUUCAUUGGUUUGUAUGUGAAGUUAAAGAGUGGAUGAAAGUUAAAUAAGGCAAUGAUUGUUUGAUUUCCAUGCGCAGCUGUUCCGAUGGUUGAAAGUAUGGUAGCUCUGGUUCUUAUUGAUCAGUUACUGGCACAUCACGCACAAUGUAGGCUAUUACCUAAAAACCCGGAGUUACAAGAAUCCCUGCAGAAUUUGAGAGUAGAGCCAGUGCAGAUUCCCCAGUGAAGUUGUUUGGUGUCCUGGUGUUUGUUCGAUGAGAAACAGCAGUUGCUGAAGCAAAAGAGUGCAACAGAGUGGUUAGAUGUACUGUUUUCUGCUUUUUCCAGGUUUUAUAUGUCUAUAAGUUUGUAGAGCAAGAAUGCGCUUGUAUUAUCUCUAAUCUAUUUACUGUUUCCGGUCCACAGUUAUAUGUGAUAUUCAUUUGAUGUAAUAAUAAUAAACGUAAUUUGGCAUGUCACUUUCUUUCCUACGCCGUGCGUAGGAAGUUGGUCCCAACUGAUGUGAGGAAUUUUGGUUGAGGUUUUCAGCCACGUAUGAACAUGUUCUGAGGCAGCGAGUCAAUGUAAGGCAGUCAGUUUUAGCAACGAUAUGCAUGUAGGGCGGAGAUAUAUAUUAUCUCAGUUGCAAAAUAAGACUCUUGUUUGUUUAAGCGGGUAAAAAAGUACACUGCACAUCAUAGCUGAAUAUACGCUUGUAAAUCAUUUGGAUUGUCAAAACCAUUUUAACAUUCGUACAGAAUGAGAAGAAUGAACAAUGAAAGCUUUUUGAGAACUGUUCUUAAA